AUGAACAAAGAAGUGGAGAUGCAAGACAAAAAGGACGACUGGGUGAAAAUCGUUAGCUCCGAUGGUUUCUCCUUUGUGCUUCAGCGUGAAGUUGCAAUGGGCAGUGGUCAUCUCAAAGGCAUGCUUGACAGUUCACAUGGUGGGUUUGAGGAGUCACUUUCUGGUAUCGUUCACGUUAGCGAAAGAGGCAUCAUCGUUGAGAAGUUACUUGAGUACUUAAUGUAUAAGAAGCUGUACGAAAAUUCCCAGAACCCGAAGGAUGUUCCUGACUUCCAGGAGAGGAUUAUUCCCGAGAUCGCAUUAGAGCUGCUUGUGGCAGCAGAUUACUAUGAUGCCUGACUUGAGCUCAUACGAAUAUAUAUGUGUCGUUCUCGCCAAGUGAUUGCACUGCCCCUUUCGUCUAGUAAACAAAAUAGGUAAUGUAGGCGGCUAAUUCUUGUCUAGCCUGCACUGUAUAGCUCAUCCCACUACAUGGAUUUUUACUUUCUGCCACCCUAGACCCUACGACGCACAAUAAGCAGUGCCUUGCAUAGCUAGAAUAGGAGAAUAUUAGUGCUCUGCCUCAUGUCUUAAGCAUAGGUCUUACGCAUAUUCG